AUCUGGCAUUUGAAUGAGUUUGACAGUAUCAUGGUCAUAGCAUUAUUAGAGAAAGAUGCAGCCAGCACAAAGUUUCCAGGAGACUGAAUGUAAAUCACUGUACAAUAGGAAGGGUUCUUCAGUGCUUCAGAGAAACAGGGCUUCACGCUAGAAACCCUGGGUCGGCCUAGACUACAGACCAAAGAGAUGAUAGAUUCAUCUGUCAUAUCAGGCUCUAUGAAACAACAGCAUUACAGGAAAAAGAUAAGAAAUAUGAUAAGACACGUCUGAAAUUUUUCAAUUUCCUCCAGGACUAUUCAAGAAGGCUCAAUGAAAAUAACCUCAAGGCCUGAAACCCAGUUUGUGGAAAAUGGAACUCUUCUUACCACAGCUCAGAAAAUUGCCAGACUUCAUUUUGCAGACAAAUUAGAUAUAACAGCCCAUCAGCUUUCACAAGUUGCAGAUCUUGUAAAAUUCAAUUUCUUUGUUAAAUUAGCAGCUAAACUGAAUGACGAUUCUAAAGUACUAAAUCCAAAAAAACUGAUAAACAACGAUGAUGCAGUAUUAUUUCUAAAAUGUCGCUAUCCCUCAUUGGCCAAUCAUAUAGUAGUUUUAAGUGAAGAAGAGGAUGUUGUGUUCGUCGCCACUGUCUUUAUGCUCGAAUGCUGUCUCUACAAUCAUCAGGAUUGGCUUGAACCGAAUAUGUAUUCUUUGAGUGAGGAGGAACAAUGUUUAAUUAAAAGCCUACUGGAAAAGUUUCUACACGUAUCUGCCAAAUCUCUGAGCAGGGAGUACGUUAUGUCACAGUUGGUUGUCCUCAGUCAGAAUGAUGAUCAUGCACUUACAUCGACACCAGUUUCUCAUAUUAAAAAGACAGAGUCAACUUCUUCAAGAAAAUCGUCAAGAUUAAAGAAGUUGAGAGCGCAAGUAACAUUUUUGACUUCUGUUCAGUCAGAAUUGCAGGAUGAAUUAGAAUCUGCGAAAGAGAUAAUUUCUGAUUUAAAAAAAUCUCUACAUAAGAAGGACGACGAGAUCAAACUGUUAAAACAAAAAAAGAACAUCAGCCCAAUAAAAGUUGCCAGCCCCAAACAACCUGUUCAUUGCCACAAGUGUGUCCUCAAGGAGUCCAAGUUAGAACGCAUUGAAGUUGAAAAGCGUGAGCUUUCAGAAGAGAUUUUGCAGUUGGAACAGGACAAAUUAUCUUUACAGAAGAAAUUAUCAGAGGCGAAAGAAAAUAUCCAAGCGUCCUAUGCCGAGUGUCUUCAAACCAAAGCUCAAAUGCACGAAUUUGAAGAGCAGGUCUUGAAACUUUCCACUGAAAAUAAAAAUCUAUUGCGGAUGUACAAUGACCAGGAGGAACUACUUUUAGAAAUGAAAGACAAGGAUAAUAACCAGAUUACUGUCAACUGCAGUGUAGAAGAUUACCCUGGGGAUAAUAUGGGGCAGGUGAUAGAAAUCCAAUUGCAAGAGCUCAAGGAUCAAUAUCAGGGGGAGCUAAAGUGCAAGGAAUUGGAAAUCGCUUCGUUAAGAGGACAACUCGAUGAUAAUUUGCACAAAUUGAACGUCGAGUUGUCUUCACUCAAAAAAGAAAUGGAUAUAUUACAAAAUGAGAAGGAUACAGAGACUAGUAAACUCAAGGGUUGUAUAAAUGAAAAGGAUAAUUUUAUAUUUGGUUUGAAUGAAAGGAUAACUUACCUCGAAAAAGAGCUGAACGAGAGCAUAGAGGAAUGUGUCAAUUUAUCCAAUCAGUUAUCUCAGAAAGAUGAAGAUAUUAGAAUUCAGAAAGAAAAAGUUGUUACAUUAACUCACAAACUUGAUAAAAAUAGUGAAAUUAUAUCUUCCCUCAGUAAAGAAAUAAAAUCUAUUAAAUCCAAUAUGACUAUAGUAGAAGGAAAUUUAGAUGCUAAGAACAAACAAGCUGAUAACCUACAAAAAGAAUUAUCAAAGAAACAAGUUUUAAUAAACAAUUUUGAAGAACAAGUAGCUUCACUCAAGAAUAAACUUUUGGAACAUGAAGAAAAAGGAGUAAAACUUAACAACAAAGUUAAAACCCUAACAAAGGACAUUCAGUCGAAGUUAACAGAACAAAACAGGCUCAUGGAUGUAAUAUCAGAAAAAGAUAUUUGCAUUUCUGGUAUAAAAGAAAAAAUAUCUAACCUUGAAGCAGAGCUAGGUAGAAGCAAAGUGGAAUGUUCUGAAAUGAUCCAUAAGCUAUCACAGAAAGAGGUUGAUAUUCAAGUAAAAGGCAAAGAAGUUUGUAGUCUUCAGAAGCAACUUUCACAAAAGGUCAGAUAUACUUCUGAAUUGAAAGAAUUAGUAUCUUUACUCUCAGAAAAGCUAGAAGAAAAAACAAAGUGUGUGGAAAAAUUAAACAGUGAAAUCAUUAUGCUUAAUGAAAACAUAGAAAUUAAAGAAAAGAAAAUCGCCGACUGUAUUUCUCAAAAUAAUAAAUUGUGUCACACUUUAGAGGAAGAAGUGUCUUCUUUGAAAAACAAACUUGAGACUAAAUGUCAGGAGGUUGAGCUAUUAAAAAGUGAAGACGAACUUGUUAAAAAAGAAUUGGAUAAAACAAAACAGGAUAGAGAUUCAAAUAUUAAAAAGGUUUCCGAACUUGAUAAAUUGUUAUGUUUAAAAAACACUGAGAUUUCAGCUUUAAAGAAAUCAUCAUCGUCACUUCAAAAAGAAAUUGAAGAACUAUGUUACAAAACACAUUGCUUAAAUAACAAGAAUGAUGAAUUUGAAACGAGCUUGUUGGAAAAGAAUAAAGAAAUCGAAUUGCUUAAAGAAAGGAUAGAAUUAAGAGAAACAGACAUUUCCCAUUUGGAAGGAGAAACGUUUUCACUUAAGAAGGAAUUGACGGUGAAAUGUGAUGAUUUUGAUAAUCUAAAAACAGAAAUCAUCUCUCUAAAAGAGAACCUUAAACAAAAGGAAUCACAGUUAGUUAAAAAUGAGGAAGACUAUAAUCAAUUUAUGGAAACAACAUUUGAAAAGAUAAAUAAUCAUGUAAAAUUAGAAGAGAAUAUUUUUGUUCUAAUUGAUGAGUUGAAUCAACAUAUCAAUAAUAUAAUCAAGAUUGACACCAAAGAAGAAAAUAAAAUAAGUGAACAGAUAGAACAAGUUUUUGAAGAAAUGUCUGUGAAAGACAGUGAUAACUGUAUGUUAACAGAUAAUGUUUCUUCCCUUAAAAAAAAUGUAAAAGAUAUUCUACAUCGUUUCAUCCACUUAACUAAUGAAAGUGAAAUCCUUAAACAAGAAAUAAAAGAGAAAGAAACCAAGAUGACAGAAUAUAAAGAAGAAAUUGUUAAUCUUCACAAUAAGUUACAAAGUGUAUCAUCAAACUUACAGAAAGAAAUUUCUUCCCUUAAGAACGAACUAGAAGUCAAGUGUGAGGACAUUACUAAUUUAACGAGUGAAAUGCACAUUCUCAAAAAAGAUUCUGAAUUGGAUAAGAAAACUUACAUAAAUAUGUGUGAAUUGAGCGAAGAGAUAAAACAGAAGAAUUUCAAGCUUGAGAACGAAGUUGAAGCAAAGAAGAUGGAAGUGGAAAUGUUGAAGGUUCAAUUGAGCGUGAAAUCCGAAGACUUGACCUGCCUUAAAAAAGAAAUCGGUUCGCUCAUUAAUGAAAUUAAAUGUUUGAAAAAUGAAUUGCUCGAUUCAGACAAAAAAUCAAAUGAUUACCAACAAAUAAAAUGUGAUUUAAUAUUACAAGAAAAGGAAAUCAACAACCUCAAAGAACUUCUGGCCAAGAAAGAGGAAAGUCUUUCAGAGUUAAAAGUAGAAAACAGCACGCUUAUCGAAGAAUUGAGAAUUGUGAAACUAGACAACAAAACACUUAAUCAUUGUCUGGCCGAGGAAAAAGCUUCUUAUCUCGCUGAGCUGAACACUUUAAAAAAGUCCAAAACUGAAGAGACAUCAAAACUUUUGAACUGUAUUUUGGAGAAAAAUAAACAGAUAGAUGAGUUGAAAGUUUGUGCCGAAGAGUUGUCCGAAUUGAAAUUGGAAUUGACAAGACUCGAGGGAAGCUUAAAGGAGCAGAGUGUCGAGUCAAAGAGUAAGAUUGAAAAUCUUACUGAAGACAAGGCAAAACUGCAAACAAUACUGGAGGAACAAGGUGUAGAACUGAAUAGUUACAGUGAACGAAUUGAUAGGCAGUUAAAGGACAUCGAAGCAAGAAAUGAAUGCAUAGCAGAUCUAAAAUACCAACUGCAUGUUCUCAGUGAGCGAAAUGCUGAAUUUGACAAAAGUAUUUCGGCAAAGAUGAAUGAUAUUGAAAAAUACAAGAAAGAAAAUGAAAUGCUUAAAGCUGCUGCUACAAAGGCAAAUGAAAUGUCUCAAACUCUACAAAAAGAGGUUGAGUCAAUGCUAACGGCCAAAAACGAAAAGGAAAGACAGUUGACUUCUAAAUUACAAAGCCUACAGGGUGAAAACGCUUCUCUCAAUGGCAAACUGCAAAAGCUGGAAACAUACAUAACAGGUGUACAUGAAAAUCUUCGAAAGGAAUAUGAAGAAAAAUUAGCUAAAUUGAAAGAAAAAAUGAAAGCUUUAUACACCACAAAAUUAGAAGAAAUCCAUUCAAUUAACCCAAGGCUGGAAUCUGAAGUUUUUAAAAAUGAGGUCAAAAAAUUAAGGGAUAGGAUUGUCCUGUUGGAACAAAAGAACCGUGAAUUAAGCGAUGAACUGUUGAUCAAGCAGGAAGAGAAUAGAUCUAUGUUGGCAUCAAGAGUAUUCGCCGUACCACAGCCUCCUCCUAGGUACAGCCUGGGAAUCAACUCUCCAGUCUACAAAUCCAGUUCCAUGGGAAAUUUAGCGGAUUUGAGAAAAGGUAUUGACAACCUAGGACAAGAUAUCAGCUUCACCGAGUCGCUCGGCAGCCGAAGAUCCUCGAUCAGAGGUCUUCCAAGGGGAAUUGGUAAAAUGUUUCUGUCAACUGGUAAAGUUUUCCCUGCGGCUGAAGAAGAUGGGGAAGUCUUUGAUAAUCGGUGCCUCUCAGAUUUGAAGGCAGGAGUUUGCUCCUUUCCCAGCGACACUGACAGGUUGUCAAUCCUACAGCAGAGAAAUUCGAUGUGCCUACCACAUCUAAAAUCGUCGUACCCCGUUGAAACUCAGUUCUUCAAUCCCCACGCAUUCCAAGAAAGCGACAUCAAGCAUGGCAACACAGAUUUGCCGGUUUGUUUAAAACAAAAACAAAAACAGACUUCUUAUAAAAAACCAGGACCACCAACGCCAACUAAGACAGCUGCUCAACAGCAAAAGAAUAAAAGCCAUGGGCCGCCAACUCCUUGCAAAUCGCAGACUCAGAAAGUCGACGAUAGGAAGGCAUUGAGACCUCAGAACAAACCUCCAACAGCUUGGGAAAUCCCAGCGUCAACCCCGGUCAGGAGUGUGAAGAAGUCGACUCCGAGAAAAAUAAAAGAGUUCUUGACCCGCCGGCGAAAAGAUGAGAAUUCUUCUCCUUAAGGAACAGAAGAUGGUCAGAUUUGUAUAUAGAAAGUCCAUUUUAAGUUCAAAUGUAUAUUAAUGUAAAACACGUUUUUAUUUUCUUUAAAUUAUCAUUCCUGUAAAUAAUAAAUACUAUUUUAUUGUAAUUAUAAGUAUGUUAAGCAUUUUGAAAGGUCAUAAUAAACUUUACUUUGAAAAAUGUAUAACAUAUAUAUAAUAUUUUUCAUCUGUUAAGUAUCUAUACUUAACAGAAGCAAUAAAAAAUAUAUAUAU